CAUAUAUUGAAUACCACACAUUAUAGUGAGAAUAGUCUAAGUUACCUUUCAUGGAUGACACUAUUGGUGAUACAUGGAGACCAGAGUCUGUUACUCUUAUCGGGUUCCAACCACCUGAGACGCCACGAGAGCCCAUGGAGUUUCUCUCACGCUCAUGGAGUGUUUCUGCUCUUGAAGUCUCUAAAGUUCUUGCCCCUCCUUCCAUGCUUUCCAAGACUGCUAGUGGUGGAUUUCCCAUACAUGAAGAAAUCGCCGGGGAAGCUGAGGAAGCUGCUACUGUUGCUGGGAAUCCCUUCUCUUUUGCUUCUUCUGCAACUUCGCAGCUUGUCAUGGAGAGGAUAAUGUCUCAAUCGCAGGAAGUGUCGCCGCUUACUUCGGGGAGGCUCUCUCACAGUAGCGGACCUUUGAACGGCGGGGGUUCUUUGACGGAUAGCCCACCAGUCUCCCCAUCUGAUAACGACGAUGUCAAGCUCUGCCGCUCGAACAACACUGUAAACACUCAGAACAGAGGUGGCGGAGGCGGAGGCGGCGGCGGCGGCGGCGGCGGCGUUGGUGGUGGUGGUGGUGGUGGUGGCGGCGGUGGCGGAGGAAAGACAGUUGGGAGGUGGUUGAAGGACAGGAGAGAGAAGAAGAAAGAAGAAACCCGAGCGCACAACGCUCAGCUCCAUGCCACAGUUUCAGUUGCUGGAGUUGCUGCUGCUGUGGCUGCCAUUGCUGCAGCUACGGCAGCUUCUUCUAGUACCGGUAAGGAUGAGCAGAUGGCGAAGACGGACAUGGCUGUGGCAUCUGCUGCGACGUUAGUUGCUGCACAAUGCGUGGAGGCUGCAGAGGCAAUGGGGGCGGAGCGGGAGUACCUUGCAUCCGUUAUUAGCUCCGCCGUUAAUGUACGAUCACCUGGGGACAUCAUGACUCUAACAGCUGCUGCUGCAACUGCUUUACGUGGGGCUGCGACGAUGAAGGCAAGGGUUCUUAGGGAAGUCUGGAACAUAGCUGCCGUGAUACCGGUGGAAAGAGGGAUGGGUAUGGCUGGUAACAAUAAUAACGGUCAUUCCAACGGUAGUAACAGCGGGGAACUUGGCCCUGAAGAUAACUUCCUUGGCAUCUGCAGUCAAGAGCUUCUCGCCAGAGGCUGUGAGCUUCUCAAGCGUACCCGUAAAGGUGAUCUUCAUUGGAAAAUUGUAUCUGUGUAUAUCAAUCGGAUGGGUCAGGUAAUGCUAAAAAUGAAGAGCAGACAUGUCGCCGGGACCAUUACUAAAAAGAAAAAGAACAUGGUUAUAGAGGUACUGAGGGACAUCCCUGCAUGGCCUGGAAGGCACUUAUUGGAGGGUGGGGAGGAGCGACGUUACUUUGGGCUGAAAACAGAGAUGCGUGGGAUCGUAGAGUUUGAAUGUAGGAAUCAACGUGAGUACGACGUAUGGACCCAAGGUGUCUCUAGGCUUCUUUCCAUUGUCGCUGAACGGAGUAACAGACACAACUGAGAAUUGGGGAAGGAAGGAAAGA